AUGCCUUACAAUAUGAACGAACCAGCUCAGCUUUCGCCUUUUCACAGUAUGCACAGUAACCACAGUAACCACAGUAACCACAGUAACCACAGUAACCACAGUAUGCACAGUAUGCACAGUAACCACAGUAUCCACAUUUACCACAGUAUCCACAUUUACCACAGUAUCCACAUUAACCACAGUAUCCACAGUAACCACAGUAUCCACAGUAACCACAGUAUCCACAGUAACCACAGUAUCCACAGUAACCACAGUAACCACAGUAUCCACAGUAACCACAGUAUCCACAGUAAACACAGUAUCCACAGUAUUCACAGUAACCACAGUAUCCACAGUAACCACAGUAUCCACAGUAACCACAGUUUCCACAGUAACAACAGUAUCCACAUUAACAACAGUAUCCACAGAAUCCACAGUUCCUCAAAUCUCAUUCGUUGA